CGGGGAUGAUCAGGCAAAGCCAAGUAAGGUCAUAGAGUUGGAAAUGGUCAGAGUUUGAAUGAAAGAGAAUGAAAGAUACGAUGGAGUACCGGUCGGAGAUCGGAAAGCCGGUCAUAGUUCUUAUUUGCGGCACCUUAGUCUACUACCACUGCGCCCAUCGCAACUCCAGCCUCGUCUCUCUCGUCUCCGACGUCCUCAUCGUCCUCCUCUGCUCUCUCGCCAUUCUCGGCCUUCUCUUCCGCCAAAUGAACAUCUCGGUACCUGUGGAUCCACUGGAGUGGCAGAUUUCGCAGGACACUGCGAAUAGCAUUGUCGCCGGGAUAGCUAAUACUGUAGGAGCAGCGGAGUCUGUGUUGAGGGUUGCAGCCACAGGGCAUGACAAGAGGUUGUUCUUUAAGGUUUUAGUUAGUCUUUACGUGCUAUCGGCUUUGGGACGGUUGAUUUCAGGUCUUACAGUUGCAUACGCUGGGUUAUGCUUAUUCUGCAUUUAUAUGUUUGCGGAGAGCUGUCCGUCAAUCAGUUCAUGUUCGGCUCGUUUUCUGGGGAGAAACAAUGGCCUUGCUACUGAAGAUACUGAAGAGCAGGAUGAUCCUAUGUAGAGAAUACUGAUUCUUAUAAUCACCAUGUAGAAUCUUUGUAUAUCAUUAUGAGGCUGUAAUGUUAGCUAAUAGCUCUACUGUAAUUACAUUUUGAAGAACACAUUGUUUUUAUUGAAUGGACCAAUUCACAGUACUGAAUUAA